AUGGAUCCAUCAAGUCCUAGUGUCACAAUGGUAUUUGAUGAUCUUCUCCAAAUGCAAGAUAUUUUUAUUGUCACAUUGGUUGGGGCGAGAGAUCUAGUUCCGAAAGAUAGGAAUGAUCUCAGUGAUCCAUAUGUGAUCACCACUUAUUCUGGUUUUUCACAUAAAAGUAGUGUAAAAAAAGAAACUCUCAAUCCUCAAUGGAAUGAAACUAUUUCAAUUCCACUGAAUGACUCAGACAUUGCUUUGGAUGCAUCCAUUUAUUUCAAAGUCAUGGAUGAGGAUUUAGUCAAUGAUGAUUUCGAAGGAGACUUCACACUUAAAUUCAAAGAUAUUCCAAAUUUGGAUGGAAUACCUUUUGAUUGUAAAUUACAAGACAUUGAAAAGGGAAUUCUCACCAUUGCAUGUCAAGUGAAAUUUUUCUCGCGCUCAUCCAUUUCUCAAUUGAAUUUGCCAUCUUCCAUUCAAAACAGAGAAUGUUUUUACAAGACCACUCGAAAUUCAUGGCUUUUAGGAUGUGUGAAAUAUCCCAUGUCAAGAUUUGAAAUAGAAAAGUCCAUCAAGAACUCUUCAUUCAUGGGGAACAGCAAUGAAUCUCCGAGAUCUCCAAGAAACACUCCAAUUCCGAGAGAAAUCAAGUGGCAACAAGUGCAUUCCUCCUCUGAAACACUUUUAGAAAUAUUGACAGAAGCAGAGAGUUAUUAUGGGUUCACUGGUGGUUCAGUUCUUGUGGAUCGAGUGAGAGUGGAAUUGGUCCUUUCUCAACAAGUGGUGAAAGAUGAAACCGCACCACUCUCACUAGUCUUUGAAAAACAUUUACAACAACAUGUAUUGAAGAAGAAUACGUUUUCAAAGACAUGUUCAUGGAAGAAUGUCACAAAAGAGGAGUCCAUUCUCUUCUCAAAUACUUGUUCAACAACAGCAACUACUGAACAACAGAAAAGUGGCACUCUCAUCACCUCGAUGCAAUAUUUGAAAAGUUUUUCAGGAGAAUUUGAAAAAAGAAAUGGAGUGGCACUGAAUGACAUCCAAAACUCCACAACAGUAUGUGGGAAGGCCUAUGUCAUUCCCAUUGGUCAUUGUUCCAUGUUGUCAUUGACUUAUUUGUCCAAUUGUGGAAUGCCGUUCGACUCAAGUUUCGAUGAAAUGGUACAUCGAUGUAUGCCUCCUUCAAGAAACACAUUAUUCUCACCUUUGCAUUGUGAUAUUCAUGAUUCAUUGUGGCUUAAAUGGCCAUGUGGAUGGGACUAUGAAGAGACGAGCAUGCACUUAUUGUCUCCUAUUCAUACGAGUGGAAAUGGAACGGAUCGUUUUAUGGCUACACGAAUGACAAGGAAAUUGUCGACAUUGAGCUCCUCGACAAGCUCUAAUCCUGUCAUCUCUCAAAAACACAUCCUUUAUCAAUUGGCUCUAGAACAUCUUCAAGAACUCCAGCAAUCGAGUGAUUUUCGAAAUGUGAAAAUUCGAAAAGACCUUCAGCAUGUGGAGAGACAAAAUUCAAGUGGCACACCACUCGAUAAGUCUAUUCGAGAUUUCGUGGAAUUUGAGAUUGAAUACAUGCUAAACAACAAAACAUCAAACGAGGAAAAAGAUGUGACUCUCUAUCGAAUUUGUGGUGUCUUGAACACGUAUGAUGAGAAUUGUUGGGUACUUGGUUAUGAAUCCUCCUCGAAUCAUUUCCCCAAUAGAGAUGUUUUUGAAUGUGUGUUGGGACAAAUCAAAUAUGAUGAAAUGAAAAAACAAGAACUACUCGAGUAG